GUGGGAUGGAAUUGGGCUGGCUGCUUGGAGCUCAAUGGAGGGAAGUCCCCAUGGAGCUUUUGUGUAUGGCGCAAUGCUGUGUUUCUUUUUUGCUUCUUCGGGUUCCAGCCAGCUGGCCUCAUGCUGUCUUUGUUGUGGGGAAUGGUCCCCUUGAAGUCAGGGGAAUUGGGCGUGGGGCAUCUUGGAAGUCCCCUGGCUUCCAGUGUUGUCAGUUCAAUUGAAUCCCUCAGACUUAAUCGCACCCACCCAAGGGCUAAUGUUUUGCAGAGGCACUGAAUGCCUCAGUAUCUCCUACUGAUAGUAGAUGGUGUGGUGAGAGAUCAGCAUCUCUGAUACUGUAGCUGCAUUAGCCAGGGGAGCACAGCUUCCUUUUAGCUUCUUGCACAGGUUUGCAAAGCUAGUUUUAUUUUUUUUAUUGUUUUAAUCUGGCCAUGGAAGCUUUAAGAUAGGAAUCAAGCAGUUGGUUUUGGAUGUGAACUUGGGUGUCUGUGCCUCAAUUUCCCCAAUUGUGUGCAAGAUGAGGGGGCUGCCAUCUUCCUUAAUGGUAAGAUAAAGCUGUUCAAGAUAAUCUUUUGGUGCAAGAUGCAAGUGGAACAUAAACCUCAUGAAGCUGAUCCUUUGUGGAGAGCUCUUUGGAAGAUCCUUUUCCUAUUAAGCUAAUAAUAGCUCAUCGAGCAAGUCUGGGUAAAGCUGGGAGAUUACAGAAGUUUAGGAGAGAGGGAAGACAUGAGUCUUCUAUGCAUCUUCUCCUUGCCAGUAGGGAAGCUUUCAACACAAGUGCGUUUUUAUCUCCAGGCGUGUUUUUGAAAGCCUUUCCCACAACCCACAUUCCUGGCAUGCCCCCACGAGGGAAAGAAUUAGAGAAAUGAAGGCUGGAAACGGAACUGGGUGGCAUGCAAUCACUCCUCUGACCUCCCUUCCCUAUCCUCUGCUGGUUCAGUUCGUUCUCCUGCCCCUCAGACAAGCUGGGCACCCAGAAGACAUGACUUGGGUUAAUGAAAUGGCCCUUGAUGCCUUAUAGGCCAGAUUCCUUGCACAGGAACCACCUUCCUCCCUUCCCCAUGCACAAUGUGUACCACAUAAAAAUGUUGCCACAGACUUCAGAGCUGCCCAAGAGAGAUGUCCUCUGCAAAGGUAUAAGGGCAUAACUUGGCCAUGGGGAUGGAAACCACCCACCAGAGCGUGUUUGAGCUCCCCAUGGAGAUGGGAGAUGCCAGUCACUGUGGCACCACUGCCUUUCUCAUGGGGUAGGGAGACAGAGUGAGUGCUCUGUGCUCUUGAUCUGCUCCACUGCUUGGUGCAGGUUCCCUCCUUCACUCCUGCCCCUAGUCCUGAAGAGACAUGUUGGGUUUUUUUCCCACAUUUUAGCUGUUCAGCUAGCUUUGUCCUUCCUCCUUAUUCCCCACAUCCUAAGGAAGAAAAAUUGCACCCUCCAGCUGGAAGGGGGUGAUGCUGGUGGAGAGCUUACUGCAUGCUGGUCACCUCUAACCCCUUGCCUUCAGGUUCAGAGCAUAGAUGCUGCUUCCAUACUUCCUAGAGGGGCACAGUCAAAGAUGCACAGAGAGCUGUGGCAUGAGGGGCAGCAGGAGGUUUACCUCCAGUCCUUUGUUCCUUCCCAUUUUCGUUGAUCUGAACGCAGAGACUUCAGUGCCUUCCCCACAGGAGCCGUCCCACUCUGCUUAAGCUCUUAGGCAGGAAAUUAGUGCUCAUGGGCCCCAGUGUCCUUGUGCCCAUCAUUGCCUUGACUUCUCCUGCAUCUCCUGGACAAUCCUCUCCUGUACACGCCCUCAAGAUCUGCAGACCUGCUUAUCCAGUCUCGGGCUUACCUCAGUGUUUGGCUGAGAAUUGCAGGCUUGCCUACUCCCUGUUGGAAGCUUGCCUUGCCUUUGGGCUGGGCAUGGCCCCCACCCUUGCACCAGUGACUGCUUCUUGGGUCUCUGCUGUCCCAGGGCAUGCUCUGGAAAUGAAGCAAAGCUUCUUACACUGCCAGCAGUGUGAAUAUGGGUGUCCCAUACCAGUACAGGCCAACUGCCCUCCAGACAGGAUGAUGAACAUCUAUAUGGGGCCCUGCAGAAGUGCUCCCAGACAGGAAGAAUUUGAAAUCUUCAACCUGGGUUUGAAGACUGGGGAGAGCCUGAAGAUCAAGGGCAAGAUAUCCGAUCAUACUGAUGGCUUCAGCAUCAAUCUUGGCUCCAGGUCCUCAGAUCUGGCAUUUCACUUCAAUCCCCGGUUCAAUGAGUCUGUCAUCGUCUGCAACUCCAGGAGUGCCAGUACCUGGGAGGCAGAGCAUCGUGAUAAGCACCUCUGCUUCUCCAGGGGCUCCUCUAUCAAGAUCACUAUUGAAAUGCUGGAACACAAAUUCCUAGUGAAACUACCAGAUGGGCAUGAAGUGGAGUUCCCCAACCGGCACUGCUACAGCCAGAUCAACUACAUGAGUGUCAAGGGAGGCUUCAGGGUCACGUCCUUCAAGCUGGACUGAUGGGUGCUGCUUCCUAGCUCUAAUAAAAACCCAAGCAGUGAGAGACUGCUUGCUCCAGCAGAUUGGCUUCUGUGACA